GUGCCUAGGUAGGUAUAUUCAAGUAAAGUUUGCACAUUGCGUAGCCUUGAUUUUACCUCAAUCCUGAGCCGUUCAAUCUUCAAUUAGUGAUUCCGUCUCCAAACGAGUCCUGCACAAAAGAAAAUAUGCGGUUCACCAUGUCAACAAGACUUCGUCUAGCUAAACCUGUCUUCACAGGUCAUCGUAUUGCUAGGCCGAGAUAUAGGUACUUUUCAACAACAUCUUCAUUACGCGCAAAUACAUUGAUGGAAACAAGUGGCUUCUCUGACACACAAUUACAAGUUCGAGAAGCCAUCGGAAAGAUAUGCAUGAAUUUCUCCGAUGUGAGUUUAGCUGGCCUAUUUUCCAGAGGUGUUUUGCAAGAAUAAUCACUAGGCGAGAACGUUAUCCCUCUUCUAAGAAGGCACUAGGAGUACUGGGCGCAACGCGACGAGUCUGGAGAGUAUCCUCACGAGUUACAUGCAGCCCUGGCCAAGGAUGGCUGGAUUGGCAUUGCUCUGCCUGAGGACCUGGGUGGGUCCGGGACUGGGCAUCUCAGAAGCGACUAUGAUGCUACAUACAAUAUCUGA